GUGAGCUAAAAACGUGCAAUACUUCGACUGAUAUCAGGUAUACUUGCAAGGGCGGAAGGAACAUGCAACAGGCUCUGCGUUUGCGAACUUGCUUUCAGCCAGCGAAAAGUGUCCCAGCCAAUGUUAAACCCAGGUCGCAUCGGCGCUGGGUCUUAGUGCGAGCGGAGCAGCAGCCUAUCCAAAAUUCCGAAGAGGCUGGACCGCAAACGGCAUCGCCAGUUGUCACCGCGCAACCUACAGCCGCGGCAGGACAAACAGGUAAUGCAGGACUUGCGGUAGCCGCGGUAGCAGCGGCGGUCGUGUUGUUCGCGGUAACGCGGUUGGGUGGCGCUAGCGCACCUACGCUUGCCACGCUGGAGCAGCUCUCCACACCGUUGGAUGUGGCCCUGGUCAACGGGCGGCCCACGCUCGUGGAGUUCUAUGCAAACUGGUGUGAGGUGUGUCGUGAGCUGGUGCCGGAUGAGUACGAUUUGGAGAAGCGCUACCAAGACAAGGUGAACUUUGUGAUGCUCAACAUCGACAACUCCAAGUGGGCCCCGGAAGCUGCGGAGUUCGGCGUCCGCGGGGUGCCGCACUUUGUGUUUCUGGACAAGUCUGGGGAGCCGCUGGCAGCCGCAGUGGGGCGCGUGCCCCGGCAGGUGCUGCAAGGCAAUGUGGAGGCGCUGGCUUCGGACGCACCACUGCCCUUCCUGGCGGCGCAGGGCCGGGGCUCCAGUCCAGCAGCCCCGCCCGGGGCCAUGGCGGGCCCACGCCAGGCCAUGCCACGUGACCAUGCCUAGGACCAUGCAAGUAUUACUACAGGUAUUAGGAUUGGGAUUGAAUGUGUUGCCCAGAGCGGCUGGGUUGCGGAAGGCUUGCGGACUGACCCUGUGCUGCUGGCUCUUGGGGUGUAGCUCCUAUCGUGCGGCCGUUUGCCCGGGUUCUCUUUAACCUUCGCAGGCGUGUCGUGGGGGUUUGCUGAAGCCCAUAGCACGUUCGGCGCAGGUUGGAAUGAAUGAAUGACCGUUGGAAUGUCAGGAGCGUUAGUUGUGCCUUCUUUGGGCCGUUCCUCGAAUCAGCAGCACGAGGGAGCAGAAAGGGUUGCUGGCAUAGGAGAGAGGCUGAGAAGACGGUUUGGAAAGCUUUUUUGUUGCGGGUGUGAUGUGAGCAUGCAUGGAGUGGUGUGACAUUCGGCAGCGUGGGCUGGGCGUAUGCCUGAAUUGCUGCUUUGUGAUCCUCUCUACGCAUUCCCAGAGAGUAGCAGAGUGCUGCAGACCAGAGCAGGGUGCAUCAACGUGCAUGUCGUUGAGUGUUUGAUACUUGGGUUGCAUGCGCGACACCAGCGAGAACGUGUGCCACGCUAAGCUUUCCUUGCACAGUGGUGUUGGGCCGACUUUGCGGCCCUAAGCAAGGCAGGCCCCUAACCCCCAGCCCUUCAUGCCAACUGGUGUCCUAACUAUAUGGGCCCGUGCGAAUGUGUGUGGGGUUAGUGUAAGAAGUUAGAUGAUAGA